AUGCCGUCUUGCUGGCGAGAGACCUCUCCCUCCACGCGAGCAGCACGGACGUUCGGAAGACUGGCAGCCGGCAGCAUUGAGAAUGACUCUCUUCCUACCGCGUCAUCAUUCAGCAGCAGCAAGGUGUCUGGGGGGAGCCAGAACGGAACGGCCAACGUCUCGUACACGGAGUCCCUCCUCCUGGCCUUCGCAGGCUUUCAAGAGGCCAGAUACCUCCUUGCCAUUCCUUUCUCCUGCCUUCACGUCGUCAUUCUCGUGGGAAACUCCGUUCUAAUCUACACGGUGAAGGUGGAAGAGAGCAUCCACACCCCCGUGUGCUGCCUGAUUGCCUUGCUCUUCUCAGUUAACAUCUGUGGGACCACUGUUACCUUUCCUCAGAUGAUCCGCAGUUUCCUGCUUGGAGCCAGCCACAUCUCCCUGGCCUUGUGCCUCACUCAGACGUUCUUUCUCUGCUUCGUGCUCAUGCUAGAGUGCAACAUCCUUCUCAUCACGGCCUUGGACAGAUACGUGGCAAUCUGCCAUCCACUGUGCUGUGUGGACAUUGUGACGAAGAGGCUCCUAGUGGUGCUUAGCCUUGUGGGCCUUGCUCGCAGCAUGGCUGUCGUUAGCCCAGGGGUGAUCCUGGCUUCCCGGGUGAGGUUCUGCCAGUCCAACAUCAUCGGUCACUUUGUCUGUGAGCACAUGGCUCUGAUGAAACUGUCUUGCAGUGAUACUUCUAGAAAUAAAGUGGUAGGCCUGGUGGCAAGAUCUAUCACCGUUAUUUUUGACUUCAGUGUCCUCUUGGGCUCCUACAGCCGUAUCAUCCACGUGGCAUUGCGUAUAACAUCUGGCCAGCUCUGGCGCAAGGCCUUUCAUACCUGUGGCACCCACCUCAUGGUCAUCCUCAUAAUCUACUCUUGCAGUCUCAUCUCCUCCCUGGUGUACUGCCUGGCCAAGUCUGCCGGUCAGGAUGUCCACAACUUCAUCAGUGCAGUUUAUCUGUUCCUUCCAUGGAUUGUCAACCCCAUCAUUUAUGGUAUGAGAACUAAAGAAAUCAGGGACAACGUUCUUAAGGUCUUCUGGAGAAAGAUGCUCCUUUGA